AUGUCUUCUGCAUUAGUGGAAGUAGUUGUUCUUAUUGUAGGUGCUGGUCCUGCAGGGUUAGCAACAUCUGCAUGCCUAAACAUGCACUCGAUUCCAAAUCUUUUGCUUGAAAGAGAGGAAUGUAGUGCCUCUCUAUGGAGAAAUCGUGCCUACGAUCGCUUGAAACUUCACUUGGGAAAACAAUUUUGUGCACUCCCUCACAUGCCAUUCCCUUCUAAUCUGCCCGAAUUUGUGCCAAGGAAAGAUUUUAUCAAUUACUUGGACGAGUAUUCAUCUCGUUUCAACAUAAACCCGCGAUACAAUCGUUCUGUCGAGUCUGCUUCCUAUGACGAGAGAAUGAAGAAAUGGCGUGUCCUGGUCAAGAAUAGUGCUUCACAUGUGAAUGAAGUUUACCUUGCAAGGUUUCUUGUGGCUGCAACUGGUGAAAAUAGUGAAGGAUUGAUCCCUAAUGUUCAUGGGCUGGAUAGCUUUGAAGGGAAGUACAUGCAUUCGAAUCAAUAUGCCAAUGGCAUGGAAUUGAGAGGCAAAGAUGUUUUGGUUGUGGGUUGUGGGAAUUCUGGAAUGGAGAUCGCCUAUGAUUUGUAUAACUGGGGCGCUAAUACGUCCAUUGUUGUUCGUAGCCCGGUACAUAUCGUCACCAAGGAGAUUGUGUUCGGGGCAAUGCUUUUGCAAUCAAGCUUACCAUUGACAAUGAUUGAUUCCAUAACUGUGAAGCUUAGCAAACUGGCGUUUGGAGAUAUCUCCAAAUAUGGGUUUCAAAUGCCAAAAGAGGGUCCAUUUUAUCUCAAAACAUUAACAGGUCGAUCUCCUACCAUUGAUGUUGGGGCUAUGGACAAGAUCAAGACGGGAGAUAUCAAGGUUCAGUCAUCGAUAAUUACAAGUAUCAAAGGAAACCAAAUCACUUUCGGAGAUGGCAAGGUAGAUGAAUACGACGUUAUCAUCUUUGCUACAGGUUACAAAAGCACAGUCCGAAGGUGGCUCAAGGAUGGUGGUGAUGAUCUUUUUAAUGAGAAUGGAAUGCCCAAGCAAAAUUGUCAACAAUGGAAGGGUCAAAACGGUCUUUACUGUGCUGGAUUUGCAAGAAAAGGUCUUCUAGGAAUUGCAGCGGAUGCGAACAAUAUAGCCACUGAUAUUGCUUCAGCACUAGAUAAGAAUACAGAUUGA